UCAAAAAUGAAUCGUCAAGUACAACAAACACAAAUCUUCUUUGGAAUGGAAAAGUUCGAAAAUCCUCUUGCCAAAAAGAGAAUAUUUGAUAAAAGCAAAAAGAAUAUUGCCAGAAUUAGGGAGACCCUUCUAUCGUUAGCUAAAAAGGAGAUUGAUCACUUUAAUUCCCUCAGCUGUAAAAUUACUAUCAUCCAAUCUCAGGAGGAAUGAAGGAAGCAUCUAGGGCUUGCCAUUAAAAAUAAAUUCAUGGUGAUAGGAGUAUCGCAAGGAUCAACUUGAGUUGAGUCUUCUAGAUCAAUUGGAGACUCAUACGAUGAUGAAGCUUGCUCUGUUUCAUCGGACUCAGAUUCAAAUGAAGUCGAUCUCUCCAAUCUCAUUGAAGAGCAAGUUGAGAUUGAUAUCAUGGAUGGGAAGAGUGGUAAAGUUCUAACAAAUUCUGUCAACUAAAUCUCCUAAAUACAAAUCGCCACAUUGUGCUCCGAUGUGUCUGGAGCUACUAAUAAAUUUUAAGUUUUC